AUGGACAAGUCAGCGCGCAUUGUCAUUGUGGGAGCCGGUGCUUUCGGUCUCGGCACUGCUCUCAAGCUCAAGGAGGAAGGAUACGCAUCAGUAACCGUCCUCGACCGAUCAAUGCCACCAGUUCCAGACGGGUCCAGCAACGACAUAUCGCGCAUUAUUCGAUUCGAUUACGGCGAUGCCAUCUACGCUCAAAUCGCCAAGGAGGCCUUUGACCUCUGGAAAACACCAGAGUACUCAGACGCGUUUUACCAAACGCCGUGCCUCUGGGUGUGUCAAGAAGGCACCCCCGAGCAUCAAGUUCAGCCGCGGGCGCAGGAAUACAGCGAAAAGACUAAGAGCGUUUUGACCGAGAUGGGCCAACCAUGGCACGCAGUCAAGAGUGUGGAGGAAGCAAAGCGACUGUGGCCCAAACUGACCGGCAAGCUGGCAACUCCAGGCUUCGAUGGAUUCUACAACACAUCUGCUGGCUGGGCCGAUGCCGGGAAAGCGAUCAGUCGCCUUGCAUCUAGGUGUGUCGCCGCUGGGGUAUCGUUCAUCACGGGCCCGAGCGGCCAGGUCGAAGAAUUCGAGAAGAACCAGGAUGGUGUUGUACAAGCCGUCCGCACCGCCGACGGCAACCGGGUGGAGGGAGAGCAAUUCAUCGUGGCUACUGGUGCUUGGACGUCGAGUUUGGUUCCUGCCUGGAACUCGAUGCUUGCGGCGGGACAGGUCGUUGGGUACCUCAAACUCACGCCUGAGGAAGUCGCUGAGCUGAAGGAUAUCCCCAUCUAUUUCAACUUCUCCACUGGCUUCUUCUGUUUCCCUCCUCAUGACGGAACUGGGUAUCUGAAGGUUGCUAUUCACGGCUAUGGAUACACCCAGCUGUCAGCUAAAGCUGGUGUCUCUACACCAGGCGCAUCUGCAGUCGCGUCGCGGGCGAACUUCGUCCCUGAAGAUGGAUUGAAGAGGCUUCAGGCUGGUAUGAAGGAUAUCUUCCCGCACCUUGCGCCAAGGGGAUUCGAGCGAGUUGGGUUGUGCUGGUACAACGAUACCCCUACCGGAGACUUUAUCUUUGACUUCCACCCGGAACACAAGAACCUCUUCAUUGCAACAGGCGGUAGUGGACACGCGUUUAAAUUCUUGCCAGUCAUUGGAAAGUACAUUGUUGGAAGCUUUGAACGCAGUCUCUCUGAAGAGCUACUCAGCAAGUGGAAGUUCCCGACACAAUUCAAGGAGAAGUUCCAGGGAGAUGCGUUCUCGGGGGAUGGGAGUCGUGGCGGACCGGAGAGGAGGGAGUUGACAAAUCAGGAACGAAGUGCCUUUGACGUUGCGCUCCGUGCCUCGGCGCGCCAGAGCAAGAUUUGA